AUGAUGCUAUCCAUGAGACAAUCACUCGUCUUCAACGUGCUCAUCUGCAUACUCCUCACCGUACAUGGCAGCAGUAAACAAAAUGACGCAACAAAGAUGGAGAUGUAUGACGUCAAUAGGGAUGGCGAGGAUGGUUCAUGGAGAGCCGAUAGCGAAGAAUUUAACCCAGCACCUCAGUACAUUCCAACAAAGUUCUUAAAGCCAGACUCAUAUGCCAACUCAGCGAUCCUUGAUAAUGUGGGACCAUCAGAGUCUUCCAGAACAAAAUAUUUCUACGGCAAUGAUGAAAAUUUGAAGAACUACCUCAGAAGGAUUCCCCACCCACCGGCGAAAAAAUGGAACGUUCAUCCAAGACCUGUACCUUCAUUCAUCGGUAAAUGA